AUGGACCACAAAGAUCUCGCUUCUGCCCACGGCGACGUUCCCAUGCAACAUACCAAUGAACCCGACAACAAGCCCAAUGCUCUCAAUGCCCUACCCGUAUCUGCCCAGCGACCUACUAUUGCCCUUGCAGCAGACCCAACCUACGACCCACAGGACCCUUUGCAACAGAAGAAGCACGGAGACCCUGAAAAACUCGAAACCUACUCCGAAAACGACACAAACCUAGGCGAUGUAUCCGACAUUCAGAAUGCAAGCAAACGACCCACAAGCAGUGCCGGCACCAAGAAACUCAACACUACACAAACUGUCAUCAUCUUUAUGACAAAUGAGAUCGGAAUCGGCAUCUUGUCAUUGCCAGCCGCUCUCAACACCCUUGGAUUCUUCCCAGGUAUCGUAGCCAUCAUCGGCAUGGGAAUGCUUAGUCUGUACACAGCGUACAAUCUCAUUCAGUACUGGCGCAAGUACCCUUACAUGCUCAACAUUGUCGAUUACGGACGCGUCCUCGGCGGCCCCUGGCUCGAAGCCGUCUUUGCCAUUGGCUUUUUGAUCAACAUGGCUCUCAUCAGCGCAUCGGCAGUCGUCACCAUCUCCAUCGGUCUCAACACUGUAAGCGACCACGCGACCUGCACGGUCGCCUUCACAGUCGUCGCGGCCAUCGCUAUGUGGGCCAUGUGCGUACCCCACAGUAUGCGCUUCGUAUCAUGGGCAUCGUGGCCCUGCACAAUCUCAAUCUUUGCGUCCGUAAUGUUCGUCAUGAUUGUCCUCGGUGUUCAGGGCCCCCGAAACGCGGGAGCACCCCUCAACCUGAAAGCCAUCGGAAGCCCCACUUUCACAGAAGCUGUCGCUGCUUUCUUGAACAUUGCCUUUGCUUUCAGCGGGAACCAGGCUUUCCCAACCGUCAUUGCCGAGAUGGAGAACCCCUCUCGUGACUACCCACGCGCUGUCACUAUUGAAAAGUGUGCCUCUACCACCAUCUACUGCAUUGUCGCUGCGGUUGUCUACGCUCUUUCCGGCGAGUCAGUCGCCUCGCCGGCGCUCGGAUCUCUCCAGCCCCUGAUGGCUAAGGUCGCUUACGGACUUAUCUUCAUUGGACUUCUUGGAACAGGUUUGGUGUUCGGUAUGACCGCCGCGCGCUACCUCCACGUCUUCUUUUUGCGCGAGAUUGGCACUCGCCAAGCCAAGAAGAAUGGAAGCUUCAACGAAGAGGUCUCAUCUUCUUCCGGAUCAUCGCGUGGCCGCCGCGCCUCCGUUGCUAUGAGCCACAUGGGCCAGAAGACUGAGUGGGCUGUCUGGAUCUUCUCCGUCACCUUGUUCUGGGUUGUCGUCUGGAUUCUCGCCAACGCCAUUCCGGUUUUCAGCUCCCUUCUUAACAUCUCUGCUGCUCUUUUGCUAUCAUGGUUCACCUGGGGUGUUACCGUACUUUUCUGGUUCCAUCUCAACUGGAACGGCAAGUGGCGCUCCAGCACGAAGAAGAUUGCGACGGCCGCGUUCAACGUGUUCAUCAUGUGUGUCACCCUAUUCAUGAUGGUUCCUGGUAUGUACGCCAGUAUCGACGCACUGCUGAACGUGUUUGCCACUACGGAGGUCAAUGGCGCAUUCACAUGUGCGGACAACAGCAUUUUGUAA